GUCUGUCUGUGACUUAAGUUUGUUUAUACUCGUGUGAGACGCUUAUGUGGCGCAACUACGCAGAGGAUUGUAGGUCAGAAUGGUCAAAAAGCAUGCUGGCUUGCACAGUGCAAAGUGCAAGUAGACGUAGCAGGACAUGCUGGUCUUUUUGGCGUAGUGCGUUUGACAUGCUGUGUUUUGGAACAUAUACAAAGUUCAUAUGUAAUCUUCUAUUAUAGAUUAACUGAAACGUAUUUAUCUUUGUUGCAAAAACCAGUCAUGAGUUUUGAUUCUUUCAUUGAUUUAUUUUAGGUCUUUUGGAUAUAAUACAAAAUCGAUUGGGUCAAAAAUAUACAUUCAGCAACUUGAAUUAUCAGUUUUGAGGUGAAAAUGGCCAAACCACAUUUAACCAAAUAUUAGAACUGCUGCCAACAUAUCCAUGGUCUUUACAAGUGUAUGUAAACUAUAGCUACUGGAAUGCAGGCUAAAUUUGAUGUGAUUUAUUGGGGCGCUAAUGGAAGCAGAUGUCGUGGUUCAAGUAAAUCAUGUUGUGUAUUUAGUGCCAGCCCGAUGCUUUUUUCCCCCCAAAUUAUAAGUUGUUCAAAAGCUCGACCAACCAUGUUGAGUUUGUGUUUCUGCAUCCUUGCUGUUGAUCUGCCUGCCAUAGUCUGGUAACGUAUUCUAUCUUGGAUCAGGGCUUUGCAGUGACUGGACUGCUGGGGGCGCAGGUUUGUGGUUGAGGUAGCUGUUAAUCAGUACAUACCUUUCAAACCGGCUGGCUGCUAGCUAAACCACAUUGUCUUGUUUUGUAUUUGUCAUUGUGUUAAAUACACAAGAUGUGAUGUGUGGGUGUGGCAGCUUUGGAAUUGUUGGAAGGCGCCUUUGAGACGGAGGUGAGUAACAAAUGGAUUAUGUAACUGUUAGUGCAGCAUUCCUCCCCUCCUGCAACUUAGUAAUUAAUUAAGCAGUGUAAUUACUUUUUAACUAGUAAUUGAUUCCAUUUUUGUAGCAUCAUCUGUUUUGGUCAGUCAGAGAGGGAAUAAGAUUCCCCCCUCGGCGUGUUCUCACCACAAUCUGACUGCUGUUGAUCUUUCUUAAUCCUCCGGGCUCAAACCAAACUUGCACUGGUCAGUUCCCUCCAACCAAAAAACUCUCUCCCCGCUGUCCUCUGUGUCCAGGCUUCAGUUUGAGUCUCCUUCAGAGGAUGAUUGGUCAGUCCUCCUCCGUCCAUACCGCCCUCCCCUCAUUCUCUCUCUCUCUACCUACUACUUUAAGCAUAAAGAGAGAGAAGGAGGGGAGGCAAAGGGGGAUGGGAGAUCAGUGGGGGAGGGUAGCUGAGUCCUCACUCUGUUGUCACUGGCCAGAGAGAGAGAGGGAGGGAGGGAGAGAGAGUAGAGUUGUGUCCCAUAUGUGGGAAAAAAAGCAUAGCAGUGCACACACGGGUCUGGUCUGCUCCAGGGAUUAUCGUACCGCUUUCUGAUCUGAUGGAGGACAUGCAGGCAUGGAUAGGCCUGUUAAAGAUGCACUGGAACCCUGAGCAUGCCCAGCCCCUCAGCCAGUGGCCUGAGCAGCACCUGGACGUCUCCUCCACCACCUCCUCUCCGGCCCAUAAAUCAGAAUUCUACUCUGGACGCGGCCGCGGCUCCUACAACUACGCCUGGGCCAACGACGACAUCUCGGCCCUCACCGCCUCCAACUUGUUGAAGCGCUACGCUGAGAAGUACGCGGGUGUGCUGGACUCACCGUACGACCGGCCUCCUGCUGUGGGCACUUACCCAGAGCCGGGGGCCUUCGGGGGCCUCAACGGCCAGAAGACUGAGCCGGAACCUUGGCCGCUAACGCACAGCACUGACGCCUCCUAUCCCCUGGUGCCCCCUGGAGGCCACGACAGCCACCCGGGCUCCAAGACUGUCCCCACGUCCACAGGCCCUCCGGGGGUUGGCACUGUGUCGGUGGUGAACAGUAACCUCUCAGACUCUGGCUACAGUGGCAGCAGCUCCUGCAGCGGUUCCAGCGAAUACCCCUCGAGCUACAAUGGCACCUAUCUCUCCUCAGGGUUCUGUCCGCAACCCAGUGCAGCACUUCCCCCCGCCUUCCACACUCUCCAGUCCACCCCUACUCUAGUGCCCAGCUACAGCCCCACCACACCGGUCUAUAACUACCCCCCAAGCACGUACCCUCCCCAGACCAGCCUCGCUCCCAGCUACAGCCACCCCUCUGCAACUUACCUGCCCUCAGGUCUACCAGCCCCUACUCCGGUUCCCACCAGACCCACAGUGGUAGGAGGCAGCUACAGUUACCAGAGCACCAACCUCGGUACGUCUGAGUCCGGAGGCACAUUAAAAAGAAAAGCGUUUGAGAUGAGUGUAGAGGAGGAUGACAGCGGGGACAGGUCUCGGUACAGAAAAUACAGUUAUGAGCCCUUAACUGGGGGAAACUCACCCUAUAGCGUGAAUGACAAAACAGAGUGCAGAGGAAAUGGCUACAGCAGUUCAGGCAGCACAGACCCUCAAACCUUUAAGUCCAGCAAGCCCUCCUCCCAGCCCCUGGUGUCUCCUCAGUUUGGGGCAGGGGAGUACAGCCCUCCAGCAGGCAUGACGGGGGAGAACGGGGUGUCGGAGCAGGGCUUCACCCAGCAGCAGCAGCAGCAGCAGCAGCAGCAGCAGCGCUCCCAGGCCCUCAAACGCCCUCCAUUAGGUUCUUCAACUGUUGAGACUAUGAAGAGCCCAGACCCGCGACUGUUAGACCUCGUCAACGGGGAGUUAUUAGACUGCAGCCCUGCACUGGGCUGGGGCGAGCUGGCUGGGCUCACCCAUGUCAAGGCUGCCCUGGAGCAGGACCUGCUGUGGCCCGUGUUGAGGCCCAGUCCCAGUAUGCGGCCACCAAGAACCGUCCUGCUGUUUGGCCCAAGAGGAGGGGGAAAGAAGACACUUACUCGUUCGCUGGCCUCUCAGUUGGGGGCUUCCUUCUACCGCUUGAGUGGAGCCAUGCUGGCCUCUAAAGGGAAGCCGGAGGCAGAGCACAUUCUGGGGUCUCUGUUGCAGGUGGCGGCGGCUCGGCAGCCCUCAGUGGUGCUGCUGAGCCAGGUGGAGGCCAUGGAGGAGGAGGGGCUGAGUCAGAUACUGCUGACCACCCUGGAAAAGCCCAGGUGGGGACCACAGGUCUUGGUGAUUCUCGUUUGCUACGGAAGGCCAGAUCUGCUGCAAGAAGCCGUUCACCGGAGCUUUGCCAAGCGGUAUCACGUCGCACCGGAUGGGGGAUGCGCAGGCAGGUGCUGCUCGCAGGCGCUGCUGCAGGCGCUGUCGCCUCAAGGCUGCAGCCUGAGCGAGAGGGAGUUGGGCGCCGUGCUGCAGCGCACUGAGGGCUUCUCAGUGUGGGAGCUGCUGCAGCUCAGCCAGCAGGCCUCUCCUCAGCCUCCUCCCCAGCUGGAGGCCAUGCACGGCCUCACCCCAUCCUCCAAACCCCCAGACUUCACAGACUUUGAGAAUGCCUUCUGCAAGGGGCCACACACCACCACAAAAGAACUGGACACUUGUAUAGAGUGGAGCAAGAUGUAUAGCCACUGAGAAGGCAGCCGGUCUCUGCACUCGGACUGCACCGCCGACCCCUGUCUUUGCUUCGACUUCGCAAGCCUCUGGGAAUGUUUUGUCGUUGUUUUGUAAUUACAGAUUAUGCAGCCAAAAGAGCUAGAGAAGCUUGACGGUACAGGAGAGCUGACAGAGUUGUUUCACUGGCAGAAGCAUGCCCAGGGUGUGCUGUUUUUGUUUUGCUAUGAAUUACCUGCAAUAUUUUAUUUUCCCAAAGAGAAGAAAGAUGAAUUGGCCUUGCUGAGUGGGUUAGCGUCUCAGUCGUUUGGCCAAUGGGAAAAUCAGAUAUUAGCUAUUUGGAUGCUCUCAGAGAUCCUGAUUAGCCUUGCGUCCAGGACAAAAUUCAAUUAUUUGUUGCUAGGUGACGUGGUCCAAGAUUAUGGAUAAUCAGGGUUUGGAAAAUCCCCCCUUGGCUGCUACUCUCAGGAUCCUAUUUAUUACCAGUCCACUUCCAUGUUAUCCUAAUGUUGGUUUAGUCAUUGGAUUGCCAUUAAUCAUUCAGUACAAAGGGCUUGGAUCAGCAACAUUUCAGCCAGCCACCGUUUUUGACCAAAAAACUCGUUUAAACCAAAUACAUAAUCAGCAGUUUACUGGUAAAUUUCUCAACAAGGACUGGACCUCCAAAUCACAAAGUAAUACUCCUUAUAGCUUUUAACCAAAUCAGAACACAACAGCUUCUCCUGACUUUUCUGAAGAAAAGUGUGUAGAAUUCUAACCAGAUGAGCUGUUUAAAUGAAAUCUUGCUGUUACACUGACAACACGUUGAUUAUAGAAAUACAUAUUAAACUCACCUGUGGCGCCAUGUUCACACUUAACACGGUACAAUUCACUGUCAACUUAGGUUAUUAUCAGUCACAUUCCACAUCGCCGGCAGUUUUCCUUGAGAACCCCACGGUCAGAUCGACUCUUUCCCACCUCGUGCACCAGCUUCUCCUACAGCAUGUCUGUUUUCUCUAUUUCACGUACUCCUUUUGUUUUCAUAGCGUGUAGUCUUGUUUGAAAUGCUCAGGAAGAAUUUCUUUACCUCAGAAAUUUGAAAUAAAGAAUGUAUGUAAUCUUAGGGUCUUAGGAGAGUGGCGAGAUAACGGAGCGAGGAGAAACCUGACAGUAACACCCCGCCGCAGCUGGCUUUUACC